UAACAUUUUUAUAGACGAUAUAAAUAUCCUCCCUUCUCAUCUUUAAAUUAAUGUACAGUUAUAUCCAAAAUGAAAUUGUUCGUGUUGCAUUUUGUGCUGACAAUAAUUGUCUCGGUAUUUUCAUACGAUUCUUCUAAAUACAGUGGAUAUAAGGUGUACCAGGUCACACCUAAAUCUUUGUACGAGGCUUACAUUCUAAAAGAAUUUGAACAUGAUGAACAUUUUGAUUUCUGGACCGAAAUACGAUCGAUUAAUUUACCUGUUGAUAUUAUGGUGUCGCCGUUAGCUCAAAAUAAUUUUGAAGCAAUUAUGAAGUCAGCGAAUAUAGAUUAUUUCGUCAACAUUGAUGAUGUCGAAGCGAGCUUGCAAAAUGAAGAGAACACCUCAGGAAGGAGCAUUGUAACAAGAGGAAGUGUUACGUUUUCGGAUUUUAUGCGUCACGAUGAUAUAAAUGCAUAUUUAGAACAACUGGCUCAAGAUUACCCCCAAAUAGUGAGUAUAGAAUCGAUUGGAAUAUCUUUCGAAGGUCGGGACUUACUCCUUGUGAGGAUAUCAAGUGGUGGUUCUAAUAAACCAACAAUAUAUGUCCAAGCUGCUAUUCACGCCAGAGAAUGGAUUGCCCCACCUGUGGCGUUAUAUAUUAUUAACCAAUUAGUUGAGAAUCCCGACAAUGUGAAUUUGUACGAGGACGUCGAUUGGGUUGUUAUUCCAGUAGUGAAUCCUGAUGGAUAUGAGUACACUCACACAACAGAACGAUUUUGGAGGAAAACUCGAUCAACGGGUACAAUAUGCUACGGCAUCGACGGUAACAGAAAUUUUGACGCUCUCUGGGGUACAGUUGGUGCCAGCAGCUGGCAAUGCGACAUCACUUACCGAGGGCAUAAAGCCUUCAGUGAAGUAGAAACACAAGCAGUUAGAGAUUACAUUUUAGAACACAAAGAUGACAUAAAAUUGUUUCUUGAUGUUCACAGCUUUGGCAGAUGGCUCUUGUAUCCAUACGGAUACAGCGAUGACGAGCCUGACGAUGUAGAAGAACUUCGAACCUUAGGAAGGCUAUUUAAUGAUGCUAUACACAGCGUAAGAGGUUUAAACUAUACCGUUCUCAGUUUUGCCAGUGGAUUGUACUAUGCGUCCGGAACGAGCGUGGACUGGGCCAAAGAUAUUGGAAUAGAAUUGGCUUAUACCAUAGAACUACCAUCAGGUGGUACUGGUUUUGAUCCACCUUCUUCUGAUAUCGAGCCAGUUGUGGAGGAGACUUGGGAAGGCUUUAAAGCCUUUCACAGCUACAUUGUGGAUAAAUUUGUUACUAAUUAAUUUAAAAUUGUAUUAAAUCAUCAGAUAAAAUUUGUA